GUUCCAUGAGAAUGGACAGGGUGACAUACUUAGUAGCGACUCAUGAGCCCCUCCGACCUUUCCUCUCGUCUCACUAGCGCGACACAACAGGUGUCAUUAUGUCAAAUAUAUCUCAAUCGCGCCUUCGGCUUGCAAACGAGCAAUAUUUCACACAACAUCCUAACGGCAAGGGACUCAUCUGUACCGUAUGCAAGUCCACUCGCAAAGGCCCACUGCAUUUCUUCGAUCUCAAGGCUGCCAUUGCUCACGAGCGCAAGUCCUCAGAGCAUAAGCGACGGCUAAAAGAAGCUGAGAGCUGGAAGCACGACUGGGAGCCUGCUCCUCUGACCUCCGAGGGCCUGCGGCAUAAAGAACGAUUCACUUAUGUCGACCAGGUACAUGAUCUUGUACCUUUCUGGCAGCGCGGAAUCGAUGCAGCAAAGCGAGGAGAGGUACUGAGGCUUGAGGAUUUCCUUGAGAAGAUGGAGGCGAAUGGCGGCUGGCACACGGCGGAUGAUGUGUGGGACCUGUUGGAACCAUCAAAACCUGCUCAUGAGGAAGUAGAUGAAGCAGCUCUGUGGGGACCAUCCCCGGCACCAUGGGAGCGCGAGUUCUCCGACGUGCAGCGGCCUAUAACGCAAUCUUCAUUCUCGCGCAGAGACAGCAGUCUCUCAGCUUCUCCCCGGAAUAUCAAGAGGAGUCUUCGUCAGCCACGUCGUCCAGAAGAUGACCAUGCGUUUGUAGAGAAGGUUGCUCGCCAUGAGGCCGCAGACCAAAAGCGUCGAGAGAGGAUGCAUACGUUCUUUGACAUGCCCACCAACCAGAAGGUGCAAAAGAUUCAGGAAAUGAUUCAAGCAUUAUCAACAGCGUAGGUUUAAAUGGUACCGGUAUUGCGCUUACAUGCCCGCCAGGUUCGUUUGCUCUCGCUUGCAUGCAUCGUAAACAAGUUACUUCUGUAUUGAUGACUAUGAGAUCGAUCAUACCUAAUUAGACGGAUUGCGGAGCAAUAUCGAUAUUCUUGUACUGUACUGCAGGAUACCAUUCUCGGAGAGUCUUGCGUUUCAUCCUUAGGAAUACUCUUGCAAGCCAUCGCUCAGCACUCAAGUACUCAGUGCUCCGAGAGCGCUUAGCAUUCACCCCAGGUACUUUUGGCGAUAAAGGAAACGCGCCCCUGUCCAUAUGCUUGUCGGUGGUGUAUAUUAGCGACUUCGAGUUGAUGACUUCAUCGCUCCGCAGUACUUUAGUAUCAUACACUGCAUACAAUAAUGGUAUAUUGCAGUGGGCAUUUUUAUCCAUCCACCGGGAAAGAUCAGGAAACCAAGCACUGGUACGAACGACAGCAUACCUACAGCAUUGAUCACCUUCAGAACAUGACAUCAAACCGGUGCGCCGUACAAGGAGCUGAGCGCUUUACCAGGCUAUGCUGAAAUACAACGC